AUGGCCUACCCCUUCCAACUAGGAUUCCAAGACGCAACAUCCCCUAUUAUAGAAGAACUCCUACACUUCCACGACCACACACUAAUAAUCGUAUUCCUAAUUAGCUCUCUAGUAUUAUAUAUUAUCUCAUCAAUACUAACAACUAAAUUAACCCAUACCAGCACCAUAGAUGCUCAAGAAGUAGAGACAAUUUGAACGAUUUUACCAGCCAUCAUCCUUAUUCUAAUCGCCCUCCCAUCCCUACGAAUUCUAUAUAUAAUAGAUGAAAUCAAUAAUCCGUCCCUCACAGUCAAAACAAUAGGCCACCAAUGAUACUGAAGCUACGAGUAUACCGAUUACGAAGACUUGACCUUUGACUCCUACAUGAUCCCCACAUCAGACCUAAAACCAGGAGAAUUACGUCUUCUAGAAGUCGACAAUCGAGUGGUUCUCCCCAUAGAAAUAACCAUCCGAAUGCUAAUUUCAUCCGAAGACGUCCUACACUCAUGAGCUGUGCCCUCCCUAGGCCUAAAAACAGACGCUAUCCCUGGGCGCCUAAAUCAGACAACUCUCGUGGCCUCUCGACCAGGACUUUACUACGGUCAAUGCUCAGAGAUCUGCGGAUCAAACCACAGCUUUAUACCAAUUGUCCUUGAACUAGUUCCACUGAAACACUUCGAAGAAUGAUCUGCAUCAAUAUUAUAA